AGUGCUGCUGGAAACUUUCCCGCUGCACUGCUGGCGGAGCUGCGACGCCGGUGAGGCUGCCCUGAGUGCGCGUGUUCGUGUGUAUGUGUGUGUGCUCGGAGCAGGCGGACAGGAGGAGAGGAGGAGAUGUUGCAGUGAAUGAGGGGGUUUAUAGCUGAGGAUGCUGCCGCUGUCCGUGGUGCUGAAACUGCUGCUGCUGAUCUGCAUCCAGCGACCUUCUGCCAGCGUCUGGCUGAAGGAGGGCUGGCAGGUGUACAGUUCAGCGCAGGAUGCCGACGGCCGCUGCGUCUGCACCGUCGUCGCUCCAGAACAGAGCCUGUGCUCCAGAGAUGCGAAGAGCAGGCAACUCCGACAGCUCCUGGAGAAGAUUCAGAACAUGUCUCAGUCCAUAGAGGUUCUGAACCUGCGGACUCAGAGGGACUUCCAGUACGUCAUGAAAAUGGAGAGCCAGAUAAAAGGACUGCGAUCAAAGCUCAGGCAAAUAGAGUCCAACCGGAGAACGCUCUUGACGAAAAACUUUCAGGAGAUGAAGGGUAAGAUGGCAGAUCUGCAGCCCCUGAUUCCUGUGCUGGAACAGUAUAAAACAGACGCCAGGCUCAUCUCUCAGUUUAAGGAGGAGGUGAGGAACCUGUCGAUGGUGCUGCUGGGCAUCCAGGAGGAAAUCGGAGCGUACGAUUACGACGAACUCCAGCACCGAGUGGCCAGUCUGGAGGGGCGACUGAGGAACUGUAUGAGCCGACUCACUUGUGGCAAGCUAAUGAAAAUCAGUGGCCCUGACACCAUAAAGACGUCAGGAACCAGGUUCGGAGCGUGGAUGACUGACCCGCAGGCGCCUCCUCAGAACCAUAAGGUUUGGUACAUGGACAGCUACACCAACAACAAGAUAGUCCGUGAGUACAAGUCAGUGAGUGACUUCGUCGCCGGGGUCGAGUCCAGAACCUAUAAUUUGCCGUUUCACUGGGCGGGCACAAACCACGUAGUGUACAACGGCUCCCUGUACUACAACAAAUUCCAGAGCAACAUCAUUGUUAGGUACAGUUUUGAGAGUGGACGUGUGAUGACCCAGCGUGCUCUGGAGGCUGCUGGCUUCCACAACGUUUAUCCGUACACCUGGGGCGGAUUCUCCGACAUUGAUCUGAUGGCGGACGAGCUGGGGCUUUGGGCGGUUUACGCAACCAAUCAGAAUGCUGGGAACAUUGUGAUCAGUCAGCUGGACCCUAUAACCCUACAGGUUCUAAACACGUGGAACACGGAAUACUCUAAAAGAAACGCCGGAGAGUCCUUCAUGAUCUGCGGCACACUUUAUAUCACCAACUCCCAUCUCACAGGCGCAAAGGUCUACUAUUCCUACUCCACCAAAACGUCCAGCUACGAGUACACGGACAUCCCCAUCCACAACCAGUACUUUCACAUGUCCAUGCUGGACUACAACGCGAGGGAACGCGCGCUGUACGGCUGGAACAACGGCCACCAGGUGCUGUUCAACGUCACACUGUUCCACGUCAUCAAAACAGAUGAUGAUUCUUGAGAGACACUUUUUUCCAGAGUUGCCAGUUUGGCGAUUUUCUUGUUCAGUCACACCUGAAACAGGCAGAAGCGAUGCUCGAGUUUGUUAAUGAAGCUUGUGUUUAUCCACAUGGUCCACAAAACUAAACAGUGCAGUCUUAAAGACAGUUCUUCAAGGGUUCUGUAGGAAAGAAAAUGGUUCUGUACAGGGACACUCAAAGAACCCUUUGCAUGGUUAAAAGGCUCUCUGCAAUAUGUAAGAGUUCUUCAGAUUGAUGGAGAAUGUGCUGUGGAGGGUUCCAAAUGCAACCUUUUUUAAAAGGGUUCUUCUAUUGUUAUAAUGGCAAACUUGUCAUAAUAGAAUGACCCUUUUUGGUGAUAUACUGUAUAUAUAGAACCAUUUACAACAAGGUUCUAUACAGAACCGUGUACAGCACAUUUUCUAUCAAUCUCCAUUUCCAUGAAUCUUUCACGAGAACAAGAACUCUUUAGUCUUUGAAUGUUCAUGGUUCCAUAUAGAAUCGUUUUCUUUACUGAAGAACCCUUGAAGAACCAUCUUUUUUAAGAGUGACGUCAUGAAACACAGUCCAGGUCAAAGAGAGUCACACAACACAAAAACACGACAGUCAAUGAAACCCAAACAGGCAAAGAAUAACCCAAGUGAAAGUUCAGGCACAUGACAGAUGUACAAAUAUUCCGAAUACUCAGAAACAGUGAUGAGUUGUGGAUAUUCAUUUAUUAUAACUUAAUUCUCUACACAUUCCUCUGUCGUGGUAGAAUCUUCUACAGCUGUUCUUCUUUCUGGGCACAUCUGACUCUUCUUCAUUUUUAAUUAUAUCCUCCUGGAGUUCUCCUGAUUAUCCGAAACCUGUGAAGAUAUACAUGACAAGCAGUUAACGAUCAUUUUGCACAUCUUUGUGCCACCAAAUUAGUUUAGUAUUCUUGAUAAUAUUAAUUCCAAACUUCUGAACAGUAGUGAGUUUUGUUCCCGUGACAGAUUUCCAGAUUUCCAGUCACAACCCAAAUGCUAGGAUUUAGGGACAUGAGAAUUUUCCAACUCUACCAAUUUAGGAGGACCAUAAACCAACUGCUAAGUUGAAUCAGAUGUGUUUGAGCAGGAAAAUCACUAAACUGAGUUGGACUAAAGUUUUCCAGAAACUCGGUUGGUUGAGGACCACCACUCAAAGCAGUUUGGGGUCCACGGUGUUGUUUUCUGGACAGUUUGUCCAACAUUGUCUAGUACUGAUAAUCCAAGGUAACUGGUUUAAUCUGGAAAACAUUUCCCUGUUCAUCUGAGAGGCGUCAGUUCAAAGUGGUGGAGACCUAAUUUCACAGUGCUUUAUCAUCUGCUGCCUUUCAGUGAUGUUUAUAUUUUCAUCAGUGGCUGUAUAUUUACAUCCGAAGAUAAUCUUGAAUGGACCAGCUUGUUUACACAGUUUCUCUCAGCAGUGUCCUUGGGGAUGAAAAUGCCUUAUUUGAGUCACAGGGUCAUUCUGACAUGUUUGGGAGAAAAACUUGUGCUUAACGUGACACUAUAUGGCCAAAAGUAUGUGGACACCUGACCAUCACACCUAUAUGAGCAUUUUGGACACCCCAUUCCAAAACCAUGGGCAUUAAUGUAGAGUUUGUCCCUCUUUGCGACUACAACAGCCUUCACUCUUCUUUCUACAAGAUUUUGGACAGUGUUUGUGGGAAUUUGUGUCCAUUCAGUCUAAAAAGCAUUUAUGAAGUCAGACACUGAUGUUAAGCGAGAGGAAGGUGUUCAGCGGGGUUUAGGUCAGGGCUCUAUGCAGGCCAAACUGGACACUCCAUGUCUUUAUGUAGCUGCUUUGUGCUCAGGGUCUCAGUCCCCAAACUGCAGACGCAUGUGUAAAAAGGCUUUGUGCUGCAGCAUCAACAUCACCCUUCACUGGACCUGAGAGCCCAAACCCUGAAAAACAGCCCAGCCCUGACACUUGGCAUUGCGCAUGGUGAUCUUAGGCUUGUGUGCAACUGCAGGGGCAUGGAAACCCAUUUCAUGAAGCUCCUUAUGCAGAGUUUGUGUGCUGCUGUUGCUUCCAGAGACAAUUUGGAGCUCUGUAGUGAGUUUUUUAAUAGAGGAUAGACUCUGUGAGUGUGCGUGGUCUACCACUUUGUGGUUGAGCUGUUGAUGCUUCCAGUUCAGUAAUAGCACUGACUGUUGUCCAGGACAGCUCUAGCAGGACAUAAAUUUCCCAAAUUGACCUGUCAGUGUUAGAUUUAAAGUCACUGAGCUCUUCAUUACAACACAUUCUACUGCCAGUGUUUGUGUAUUGAAACUGCAGGGCUAUGUGCUUGGUUUUAUACACCUGUUAGCAAUGGGUGUGGCUAAAACACCCAAACUCAGUAAUUAGGAGGGCGUCCACAAACUUUUACCAUAUAAUGUUUACAGAGACAAUAUAGAGUGUGUAAAGCUUCAGUGUAUAAAAGUAAUAUACAGAAAUACUUAAUGAAGACUGUAACAAGCUUAAGGUUUGGAAAUACAGUAUAUAUUUAAAGAGACGGGCCAUCCAUGAAUAUCUUCUAUUCUUUGGCCUUGAGAGUGGUAAGUAUUAGUAAAAGUGAUUCUCAUCUAGAACUGUGUCUAGUUAUAAUACAGCAGUGCUACAAGUUAAUAUGUAUGUGCUGUACAUCUAAAAAAUUGCCAACACUGGAUUUCCAUUAACAUUCACAACAAGGCUCAAACCCCAUCCAAUAAACUAUCCCUACUGCUGUCCCAGAUGGAAGUAUUUUAUUAUUAUUUAUUGUUAUUUGAGACGUGUAAUAUAUAAACCACAGCAUGUGACACUUUUAUGAGUGGCUGAAAGAGGCUUGGGUCUGCCAGCCACUGUUAUUUCACUGAUGUGUCUUGCUGUGAGAUGGAGUGGUUGCCUGUAAUGUUUACCUGUCAAAUGUUCCACUUUUUUCAUUAAUAAUAGAGGAAAUGUU